CUGCGAUAAAAUGGAACAAUUUUCUAGAAUUUUGUUGUUAGACCCAGCAAAUCACUUAUCUAUCUAUUUAACGACUGAAAAACAUUGAACUGAGCGACAUGUAGGAUAUACUCGCGUAUGUAUAAGUAGUCUUACUGCUGUUGUACAGCAUGACGAUACUACGAAUGUCUUUACGAUCGUUUAAGUUGAAUUAUUAGUGAUUUGCUGUCAUGAAUUCGUUCUAAGGAAGAAUCAUAGAUUAUCCAAAUUAUUAUUGGAUUAAUUGUAAUCCCUGAGUGCUUUGGAUUUUGUACAAGGGGGUAAGAUUUAGAAAAAUAUAAAUAAAGGUUAACAUUUUUCCAUGAACGUGUCACACUACUUUAGACAUUUACGAUGGUAUUAAGAGUAAUUUUCAAGAUAAAAUAAAUAAUUAUUGUUAAUAGAGUGUUUUUAAUAUAAUUAACCCUGGCGCCUAAACAAAAUGCUUCCGCUACAUUCGCACAAGGAUUCAUGCAAUUUUGGCAGCCGUAUCAAGGAGAAGCUUCUCGGUUGGAAGCGUUUAAUUUUUUCUGACAAAAAUACCAGAAACUUAUUUUUGCUUCUGAUUUUAAAUUUAUCUUUUGCUUUCGUUGAAUUAUCGUAUGGAAUAUGGACAAACAGUUUGGGCCUAAUCUCAGAUAGUUUCCACAUGUUUUUUGAUUGUACUGGUUUGUUAUUUGGUUUGGCGGCAUCGGUUAUUACAAAAUGGAGAGCCAAUGACCGAUACUCAUACGGUUAUGUACGUGCAGAAGUAUUGGGUGGAUUCGUUAAUGGAUUAUUAUUAUUGUUCGUUGCGCUCUUUAUAAUGUCCGAAGCUGUUGAAAGAGCUAUCGAGCCACCUGAGAUAAAACACGAAAGACUCUUUGCUGUUUCUCUGCUGGGACUCUUAGUGAAUUUAAUAGGAAUCUAUGCCUUUCAACAUGGACAUGGACACGGUCAUGGUGGUCAUGGUCAUUCGCAUUCUCAUAAUAGCGGGCACGACCAUUCUCAUUUGAAUCAUAAUCAUAGUCACAAUCAUCAUGAUAUCGAAAUAGAUUCAACUUUUAGUAGUAAUAAUUCUCAAAUUAUGAAAGGAGUUUUUCUACACAUAUUAGCAGAUACUUUGGGAUCUGUAGGAGUAAUUAUAUCAGCUGUCUUAAUGCAAAUGUUUGGUUGGAUGAUAGCUGAUCCUAUUUGUUCCAUGGUCAUUGCAAUAUUGAUAGUGUUAAGUGUACUCUCAUUAAUGAAAGAAUCUUGGGAGAUUCUUAUGCAAAGACAACCUAUAGCUUUGGAUCAUGUUUUACCACAGUGUUACAAUAAAGUGACCCAAUUGGCUGGAGUUUAUAGUGUACAAGAACCACAUUUCUGGACGCUUUGUUCUGACGUUUAUGUUGGUUGUAUAAAACUGGAAGUAGCACGAACUGUAGAUCCAAAGUAUGUGGUUGCACAUACUCAAAUGAUUUUUCAAGCGGCAGGUGUGAGGCAAUUAACGGUGCAAUUGGAUUAUGCACCCAUGUGAUGUAUUAGAAAUAUAUGUGUCGUAAAGUGUUCUUAUAAAUGCUCCAAUAGUGUAUUCACUUGUGGAGUUUGUCAAAAAGGCGCAAGAAAUACAGCAUUUACGCAAAUUAUUUUUGCGAUUUUGAGUUUGUGCGGUUGCUUAGUUUUAAAUAGAGGCGAAUAUCAAUUUCAAUUACAAAUUAUUUAAAAAUUAUACAUAUAUAUAUAUAUUAUUUGAAAAUGGUCAACCAUUGGAGUUAUCAGUAUAGGACCUUUCAGUCCUAAAGCUCUCAACUACUGUUUCCUAAUAUUUUGAGCAUGGUGCUCUAUAGAAAGUAUAUAAAUCCAAAUAAUGUUGCAUUUCAAUAUAUAGUUGAUAAACUUCUACUUUUUUUUGUGCUUUUAUAUCAAUGCGUAUAGAUCUUUUUUGAGAUUUGGAUGUUCUUGUAAUCUAUACCUAUUGAUUAGAAGAAAUUUAUAGAUAGAAGAUUAUCAUUUUCAAACUGUGUUAGUGAUUUUGGCUGAUACUAUCGUCUAAGAAUAAACAAAAAUAAAAGAUUUUAAAUAUUUCAUUAAAGUCAUUUAUACGUAAUACGAUUUAUAUAAAAAAAAAAACUUAUUUUGUAAUAGAAGUGUUAUUUCAUUAUAAAUUAUCAUUUUAAUAUUGUAAAAAAUCUUCAGUCUAAUGUAAUUAUAAUCAUAUUAAAACCAAUAGAAUUAUAUAGUUUUGAACACAAUUCUUUUCAGAAACAUCAAUCAUUUAGUUUCUAUAUUUAACAACAAAAUGUACGCAUGUAUAAUUUACUUUCUUUUGUAACUAACUUUCUUUAUCGAUGGAUUUAAUUAAAACAUGUUUUAUACGUAUAUAUGCAGAUAUAAUGCAGUAUUAUUAAUGGACAAUGAGUUAAACAUAGAUAACUAUAAAUAAUUAUGUAAUUCUACGAUUAUAAAAGAUUUUUCAAUCGAAUAUGCAGUUUAUAAUAGGGAAACAAAAAAGAAAUAAAAUAUGUACAUUCCAUGACGUAGAUCUAUCAUUAAUGAAAGUUACAUUAAUAAUUUUUCCUGCUAAAAAUGUAAUCUACAAUACUACCAUGAAAUUCAGUGACUUUUUAAGAAAUAAUUUUUACUUUGCAAUAAUUAAAAUAUAUAUAUAAUGUAGUGAUAUGAGAUUUAAAUAUCUCGAGAAUAAAUGAUCCGAAUGAUAUAGUCAUGCAGAUCAUUUUUAUUCGUUUUGUCAUGUUCCACAAAAUAUAUAGUUCCAUUUAAAAACAA